AUGUACGCGACGAGCACACAAAAACGGGAAUGGACGUAUACACCGGAAAAGUUGGCCGCAAUGCGUUUGGAGAUAAACAUAAAAUUCCGUCAAAAAUACGAGUCAGUAAUGCAGCCGGACGAGUUGGAGCUCUUUGUGACACCUGAAGAGGAGCUCAGAAUGCAAAGAUCAAUUGAGGAUGCUGCUUUGAAAUUCGCCGACAAAUUCCGCCCACACAUAUGGCCAUCAGUGAAAUGGACAGCCUUGGCGUUUUUCAAGCGGGCUUUUCUUGUCUGGGUGCCAUCAGACACGUCGAUUAGGAUGGUAAUGAUGGCUUGCUUCUACUUGGCAAUGAAAAUCGACGAAUUCUACAUUACAAUCGAAGAUUUCGUGAAGAAUAUGAAAAGUUACAGCGUUGGAGAACCUCGACAAAAUGCCGAACGGAUUUUGAAGCUGGAGCCGGAGCUUAUGAAGAUUCUCGACUAUAAUUUGACUGUACAUUGCCCGUAUAGGCCAUACGAAGGCCAUCUAAUGGAUAUGAAGACCCGAAUGCUUCUUCUAAAUUUCGAUCUCGAAUCAAUCCGCCGCGAUUCUAUGAGAUUCUUCCAGAAUGCACUACAAACCGACGUGCUUCUCCUCUAUCCACCGUCACAGAUUGCACUGGCCGCCAUUAAUUUCGGGCUCCAUGCUCAGGUUUCAGGCAAAUCCGACGAGAUUCUACGCGAGUUUCUUCGGAAACUUAUCGGAAUCGAAGAGGACUCGUGGGCUCAUCGUGAUGCUCGUCCAGAGGAUUUGGAAAAGCUCGAAAAGACGGUUACGAGAGUCAAUCAAAUAAUGCGAGAAGUCGAUCGAAAUUUCGUAGCAGUGACAGAGCAAGAACGGGAGAAUCACAAAAGCCAGCUGGCACGGAUUCAAGCAUUGAUUCCAGCACUUGAUGAACGACGAAAAGAGCAAUGGUUGGCUGGUGGAGGUGUUGGAUUGAUGCCUGGAGAGCUCGCCGAGCAGCCAGUUGAUUCUGAUGACGAAAUUAAUUGAUUUUUGCUUUUUUUUUUCGCCUUGCUCCAGAAAUUCUGCUACAAAAUGAGCAAUUUUUAACAUUUUUUGGUCUAAAAUAAUCUAAAAAAUUGGAUUUUAAUCUCUAAAAAUUUAAAAAUUCGAAAUUUCCGUAUUUCGACUUUAAAAAAUUUCAAAAAAAAUCGUUUUUAAUUUCUGAAAAUUAAAAAAAAAAAAGUCUGUUGGCCUGAACAUUUUGAAAAAUUCGAAAUUUUUUGUUUUUCAUUUCAAAAAAUUCGUUUUUAAUUUGCAAAAAUUAGAAACAUCGUAAAAAUUUCGUUUCUAGUCUCUAAAAAUUUUAAAAAUCGAAAUUUUUAUUUUUCGAAUUUUAAAAAUUCCAAAAAAGUUUGUUUUUUAUUUAUUUUUUCCCUAAAAAUUCGAAAAAUCUAAAAAAUGUGUAUUUUGAAUUAAAAAUUAAAAAUUUUCGUUUUUGAGCUUUAAAAAUGUUUAAAAAUCCCAAAAAAAGUGUUUUUUGUCUUAAAAAUAAGCCUAAAAAUUGCCUGAAAGCUGAAAAUCACCGAAAAAAUUUUUCGGAAUUUUUCCACUUUUAUCUGCUAUUUUUCAACAGUUGUUCAGUAGUUUUUAUUUAAAAAAUGGGCAAAUUUUCUGAUUUUUUACUGAAAAAUAUGAAAAAUUUGACGAGUUCCAGAAGAAAAUUAACGAAAAGCCACAAAAAUUUGCAUAAAACUAUCGAUUUUUUUCUUACAAAAAUUCAGUAUUUUUUUCAUAUGAAAAAUGAAAUUGUUUUAAAAAAAUUUAAAAAAAUCCGAAAAAUUAUCGAUUUUUUAAAAACCAAAAAAAAUAUUUGAAAAAAGUUGAAAUUUCUAAAAAAAAAACUACAUUUUGUUCAAUAAAUUCGAUUUUUAAAAAAAUCGAAUUUUUUAAACAAAAAAUUAUAUUUAAAAAUCGGUAUUUUUCGAAAAAAAAAUUCCAAUUUCUUAUAGCUCAUUUUAUCGAAAUUUCUGGAGCAUUUCCCCCUAUUUUGUUCAAAAAAAUCCCUCAAUUCUCUUAUAUUAUCGGGUAUAAUUUUAUCAUUUUUAUCAUUUUUACUGUGUAACUAAUUUCCCUAUGAAAAUGCUCAAUUAUUUAUUAAUUUAUUGUUUUUUCCCUCAAAAAAUCGAUAAUUAUCA